GCUUGUCAGUUGUCAGAUUCAAAAUGUCAGACAAACGCUAUCUUAUCAUCAAAAUAUUUACUAUGUUACUAGCGAUAGCUGCAGGUGGUAUUUGGAUAGGAGCUGAAAGUUUAAUGAAACAGAGACCUCGGUACAGAGACGAACAGACACUAGUCGGGGGCACGAUAUGGAGUCAAACUAUCAUCACCUUAGGACUUAUCUUAUCAGAAUUAACAGAUGAUAAUUUAACUAUAUUGAUUCAUGGCUUUUUCUUGGCGUCCGGAAUCUUGUUAUUUUUAUUGACUGGAAUAAUAUUGGUGAGUUACCUAAAUCAUAUUUACUACGAAGUAAAUAUUUGGAGGCGCGAACGAGCGAGAGCUAGACAGAGCGAUAGAAGAGCCAGUUUGGUAAAUAUGGUGAGAGGAACUUCACAGCUAACGCGGAAGUUUAAUUUAUCCUAUUGUUGCAUCGGAAUAGUAUGUAUUCUUGGUGGCUUGACUUGUAUUAUUAACUUAGUAUUAAUUAUUGUCUAA